AUGGCUCACGACAAGGAGAACCAACCAGAGACAGCACUCUCUCCGCACGCCACCGAAACAGGCGACAUGACUGACUACUACAUGCAACCUGUGGGCAGUGAUUCGGGACUGGCUCGGUCGCUCGAAUCGCGCCAUCUACUCAUGUUCUCAGUAGGAGCCUCUAUUGGAAUGGGCCUUUGGCUGGGGUCUGGUUCGUCCCUAAUUGACGGCGGUCCGGCUGCCAUUUUUCUUGGGUACUGUAUAGCUGGGUCAAUUGCCUGGGCGCUCAAUCAAGCCAUUGGAGAGCUAGCUGUCCUCUAUCCCUUGGCCUCUGCUUUCCCGCAAUGGACGCGCAAGUUCAUCGAUGCUGCCCCGGCCUUUACUGUUGGCUGGGCUUAUUGGUUUUCGGCUUCGAUUACGCUGGCAAAUGAACUUCAAGGUGUCGUUACUGUCCUCAGUUUUUGGACAGACAAAGUACCCAAAGCAGCCUGGCUUUCUAUAUUUCUGGUCGUUAUUCUCCUUAUCAAUGUUUGUGCCGUCCGGGUAUUUGGUGAAGUUGAGGCGGCAAUGUCCACUAUUAAACUGUUUUGGAUCAUCAUUGUGAUCAUCACCUGUAUCGUGAUAAGUGCAGGCGGGGCACCAAACCACCACAAGACCGGCUUUGAAUAUUGGAACUCAAUGCCUUUUACCCACGGCUUUAAAGGGUUUCUUUCUGUGAUGAGCACAUGCAUAUUUGCCAUGGGAGGCUCUGAGAUGGGAGGCAUUGUUGCGGCCGAAGCCCGCAACCCUAAGAGAUCUGUUCCGCGGGCCGUUAAUACCAUCUGGCUUCGUCUGAGCGCGUUCUAUAUUAUCGGCUCCUUAGUCGUAACCAUUACUGUUUCUCCCAAGGACAAGGAUUUAUUCGGCGGCCAAGGCAUUAAUGCCAGCCCUUUUGUCAUCGCCUUCCGGAAUGCUGGGGUUCCUGGACUUGCACACGCCAUGAAUGCCGUGAUAUUUAUCAGUGUGCUCUCGUCUGGCAAUGCCCAAGCAUACAUCGCUACACGUACUUUGGUUGGUCUAGCAAAUAUUAACAUGGCCCCUCAAAUUUUCGGAAAAUGUGACCGAGUAGGGCGCCCGUGGGCGGCGAUUGUGCUUACUUUUCUCAUUGGUGGUGGACUUAGUUAUCUCAAUGUCAGCGAGUCCGGCGCGACUAUUUUUGGCUGGUUUUCUAGUCUCACAGCGCUCUGUAUCCUUUACCUUUGGGGCACGAUAUUCCUCUGCCAUAUCAGGUUUCGACUGGCAUGGAAAGAACAAAAGCGCUCCAUAAACGAUUUGCCAUGGAGGACCUGGACAUGGCCAUGGGGCUCAAUUUACGGCUUGACGUGGUGUCUGCUGCUUGUCAUAGUCGAGUUUUACUUAGCUGUUUGGCCUCUUGGAGAAAGCUCAAGUGCAAAGAACUUCUUUGCGAACUAUAUAUCCGUUGUUGCCAUUGUUAUUUUGUUCAUCGCCUCUAAGAUCUACUAUCGCGGGUCGUUCUGGAUCAAAGCAGCGGAUAUCGACCUAGACACUGGUCGCAGGUAUUAUGUCGAUGAUACUGUUGACGCAACAGAACCUCGCAGUAGGUUCAGAUUCAAUAUUCUCAAGGUCCUUGCCGGAGAUUCAAAAUUUUAA